AUGGUGAAGAUCGUGCAGAAUUCGUUGUAUACAGGUAGAGAGAUUUUUGAAUCACGAGAUAAAAUUCUAGAAUGGGCACAGUCUACUGGAAAAAAUCAUGGUAUUGUUGUUGUUAUAAAUCGGUUCGAUUAUGCUAAUGGACUGCGGGAGAGGAAGGAUAAAUUGAUUAUGGGUUGUGACAAAGGAGGAAAUUACAAAAAUAAAAAUGAAUCUCUGAAACCUUCUGAUGGCAAUUAUACUAUGAAGGUUAGAUGCCCAUUUAGGCUGAGAUCUGUUCCAAGUGGUAUCGGUUGGAAGGUGAUGGUUAGAUGCGGGAUGCACAAUCAUAGACUAGAUAAGGAUUUGGAAGGUCAUGACAUAUUGGACCGUCUAAAAGAUCAUGAAAGAAAGUUUGUGAAUGACAUGACGAAGUACAAUAUGGCACCAAGGUACAUCAUUUAUGCUUUGAAAGACAAAGACCCAGAAAACCUCACGAGUAUUACCCAAGUAUACCGAACUAGAGCAACAUACAGAUUAGGCAAGAAAUGUGCAAUGACAAAAAUACAAAUGUUAUUGAGCCUUAUUCACCAAGAGAAAUACAUGUGUUGGACUAGAAAUAGGGAGAAUUUGAAUAUUGUGGCUGAUAUCUUCUGGACACACCCUGACUCCGAAGUUGAUGAAUAUGUUUCCUCUGGUGUUAAUUUUUUAUUGCACAUACAAGACAAAUAG